UGAACGUUAGACUAACAGAUCAACUCAACAGAAACGUCGCAGAAAUUAUAGCUUCAACAAUGCGAAAAUUAGACAGAUUAUGUCAACACCUCUCGCUUAGUUUUUUUGUUGCGCGUUUGACGAAAGGAAGUAGGCUCGUCAAUGUAUUUUGGAGUUGUCAAGAUAUUUCAUUCGCUACAUUUACAGUAGCCUCAUAUUACAGACGGCCUACAUGUAUCGCAACAUUGGACCACAUGUUGCUCCCCUGUUGAAUUUCAUUCGCUAAUUAAUAUCAGCGUUGAAGACGUCAAUAAAUUAGAAAACUGUUCUCAAAUUAAUGUGUCAAAUAGUAACCACGGAGAUGGACAGAUAGAAUCUGGACCUCAAAUAGAGACAGGCGGACUGGAAAGACGCGUUUCGACAGUGACGGUGGAUGGGCUAAUCCCUCGCGAGGCUUCGUCACCACUCCGGCCGGUGCGGCCCAUGGACCUGCGUACCCAGGGGCUGGUGCGACCCGGGCCGGACUCAGCCAUGCUGGCCCCCCACCUCCCCCCAUUCCUGGGGGCCUUCUCAGCCCAGCACUGUGCCAAGUACUCCCAGCAGCUGUUGCCACAGCACAUCCAGUACGAGUUUGACAGGGAGCAGAGUCGGCAGGAGAAAGAGCAGGAGAAGAGACAGGAGCUGCAGCAGCUGAUGCACAAGGACAAGAGCGAGCAGAGUGCUGUGGCCAGUCCCCUGGUGAAACAGAAACUCAGAAGCCAAAUCCUGAAGAGGAAGGAGCAGGCCGCCCUGGAGAGGACCGCCUCCAACCUCUUCGGUAGCACCACGCCCAGGGGUUACAGGGAAUUGGCCCCAGAUCCUGACAUGACCCCAAAGCCUCUCAUGGUGACUCCUGAUGUCCAUCAUCCACUAUGUGACCAACGCAAGGACAUGCCCCUCAGAAGAACAGCCUCGGAGCCCAUCCUGAAGGUGAAGAGUAAACUGAAGAAGCACAUCAACUCCAGACAGAACCCUCUCCAACGCAAAACCAGUGCUCCCCCUACUGUCAAGCACAGAACGCCGGACACUCAGGACUAUUCCCCCAGCAGCAGUAGCACUCCAGUGUCGGGGUGCAGCUCGCCCAAUGACAGCCUCCUCUCAGAUAGCCCACUUACUACCGGACUGGCCCACGAGGCUCAGAGGUUGCUGCUCCAGGAUGGCACACUGGCCCACUUCUCCUUGCCCUGCUCCACCGCCCUGCCCACCAACAGCGCCAGGCUGCCCACCCAGGGUGACAGGGAGUCGGGUAGCCAUCAGAGGGUGGCCAGGGUACUGCCCCAGGUCUACCUGCCCAUGGAGGGCCUCAGUGCUGCCCAGCUGGCUCACCAACGCCUCCAGCCCCUGCUCAUCCUGGAGCCCUCAGUGCUGCUGCACACACAGCUAGUCACUGUGCGAGGCCUGAGCCCUGGCCCUCUCCAGUACCCCUCCUCCAGACUGGAAUGCCUGGCUCCCCCGGGCCCCCACAGACCCCUGGGUCGGACCCGCUCUGAGCCCCCCCUGCACUCUCACCACCACCAGCACCAGUUAAUGCAGCAGUACCACAACGCACUGCUGCUGGAGAGACUCAAACAGAACACACACCUGGGCAAGCUCAUGACCAAGUCCAGUGAGAAGUCUCGUGUCACACAGAUCCCCUCGAAGGACAUGGACCCGGCGGAGACCGGGCCUGGGGACGGCUACCAGAAGAGAAGACAGAGUGGGACCAGUAGCACUGAGUCAAUGUGGGACACAGAGUCCACCUCCUCAGGCGAUUACCUAGGAGAUCACACCAUGGAACACACACCUCUGAUGAAUCAGUCAUUUCGUUGGGAGCAGCCCAGGCACCUCCAGGUCCUGACAGACAGGCGUAGACAAGCGACCCACCUGGACCCCCUGGGUGUGCCCGUGGUUCUGGGCCCUGCCCACCGCCCCCUCGGUCGCGCCCAGUCCUCCCCCGCCUCCACCUCUCUACCCCCUCCUCCACGGCCCACGGACACUCCACAGUCUCUGGCCGGCCCUGGUCCGGAGACCACCGCCAAGCUACGCUUCACCACUGGUCUGGUGUAUGACUCUCAGAUGCUGAAGCACCAGUGCACCUGUGGCGACAACAGCCGACACCCCGAGCAUGCAGGAAGAAUCCAAAGCAUCUGGUCCAGACUUCAGGAGAGAGGCCUCAGGAACCAGUGUGAGUGUAUCCGGAGCAGAAAGGCAACUCUGGAGGAGCUUCAGUCUGUCCACUCUGAGAAACACGUCCUGCUGUACGGCACCAACCCACUCAACCGCCUCAAACUGGACAACCGCAAGCUGUCUGGAAUCUUAUCUCAAAGGAUGUUUGUGAUGCUACCAUGUGGAGGAGUUGGAGUGGACAACGAUACGAUCUGGAAUGAGACACACACGUCGACAGCGUCUCGCUUGGCGGCAGGCAGCGUGACGGAACUGGCGCUCAGGGUAGCACAGGGAGAGCUGAAGAAUGGCUUUGCAGUGGUGAGGCCCCCUGGACACCAUGCAGCCCGCUCUACCCCCUUGGGUUUCUGCUUCUUCAACUCCGUGGCCAUCGCAGCCAAGCAGCUCCAGCACAAACUCAGCAUCAGCAAGAUCCUCAUUGUGGACUGGGAUGUUCACCAUGGCAACGGUACCCAGUCAGUGUUCUACAACGACUCCAGCGUGCUGUACAUCUCCCUGCAUCGCUAUGACAAUGGCAACUUCUUCCCCGGUAGCGGUAACCCAGCCGAGGUUGGAGCAGGAGCAGGUGAGGGCUUCAAUGUCAAUGUGGCGUGGACGGGAGGCUUGGACCCUCCCAUGGGCGACGCUGAAUACCUGGCGGCAUUCCGGACUGUGGUGAUGCCGAUUGCCCACGAGUUCUCUCCUGACAUGGUGCUGGUCUCAUCUGGUUUCGAUGCCGUCAAGGGACAUCCGGCGCCGCUGGGGGGCUACAAAGUGUCGGCCAAGUGUUUUGGCUUCCUGACACAUCAGCUGAUGGGGCUGGCGGGGGGCCGGGUCGUCAUGGCCCUGGAGGGGGGUCACGACCUCACGGCCAUCUGCGAUGCGUCGGAGGCCUGCGUCCGCAUCCUGCUAGGCACUCAGGUGGAGCCCCUGUCUCAAGCUGUUCUGGAGAGGAGACCCUGUCGCAACGCUGUCCUCUCUCUACAGCGAGUCAUACAGGCCCAGGGUGAGUACUGGCGGUCGUUGAGGGCAGUGGCCCACACGGUGGAUCAGUCCUACCUGCAAGCCCAGGGACAGAGUCUGAGACGGAACUCAGAGGACCACAACAACACAGUGUCCGCCAUGGCCUCUCUCUCCAUGGCUAGCCUCACCACAGACAGGACACACAGAGAUGAACUCAUGGAGGGGGACUGUGACUCCAUGUAGACAAGUGCACUUUCUGAUAAACCUAUCACACAGACAAACACACUGUCCUCCACUGUCAUCCACUGUCAUCCACUCGGCGCUGCUUCACUUGACCAGAAUCCACUGCCUCCAGUUGUCACUAUACGGACCACAUUCUGACCUCAAUAGUCAAACUGACUAGUGUACGCCUCACACACUCCUACACCUCAUCGGAACACAGUACUACUGGCCUUACUAAGACCACUCGCCUGCUUCGACCGCAACUUAACCACACACUGAGAAGACAUCCCAUUAACAGGGACCAAGAGGAAGGACAAUGAACACUUGUGUUCUUAGCAUGCCACUCCGUGCCUUUCCGGGUGUGUUACUCCUCCAUUACCAUGUAACAUUGCGAAUUGUUAGGACACAGAAGGAGAGGAGCACCAGACCUGAGCAGAAACUGGAAGGGUGAAAUAUACACCCUUACACCAAACCGCUUUCAAACACCACUGGGGAGGUUACGACUUGACUUGUAUCAUGAAGUGACUUGACAAAGACCAGCGAGACAGCUGGCUGUAAACAGAGUCUCUCUGGGGAAAAGGACAACUUUUUGUUGCCUUGGUCACAGGUUACCGCGGAGCAUGGCCAGGCCGAAUCACAAAAGGAAGUAGGAAGUUGUCCCACGUCCCCACAGGAAGUCACUAUGAAGGAAAACAGACAUUGGACACUCACCAGGGGACACCUAAAACGCAUCUCGUUCCGAUGAUGUCAUUCGUAUUUAUGCGUCGCCAACAAAAUGAAGAAAAAGAGAGAGGAGACUGAGAAUUUUGUUCAGACUUGUUUUGCACUGUGCAUUUUGUCAUGUGAACCAAGGAGAGAAUGACAGUAUAGACCCUAUUGAAGCUCUCCUGGGAUUGGUGAUAAAAAAAAACAUAUGAAUGAUCAUACUUGUGUUUUUCAAGCUGAUUGAAUAAUUGUAAGUUUUAUUGAUUGCAUAUUGUAUUGCAAAUGUCAAUACAUAAUGGUCAUAUUUUUUUAUCAUCACAUAACGAACCCUAUGAUUCAGGUGCACGGAUGCCUGUGCAAAGCAUAUGCCCCUUUUCCCUUCCAGUCUCCAAAGUGGCCUUUUGGGUGGUGGUAUAAUUUCCCCCCCAAAAUGUAUUUUUUGUUUAAAUUUUUUUUAAAUUGUGGUUCAGAACCUACUGCCCGCAAGUCGUCGUGACGUCGUCAAGUUCGCCACCCCACGCACCUUCCAUUGGUUGUGUCAACCCACACGCCAGUCCAUUGGUUGUGUCAACCCACACGCCAGUCCAUUGGUUGUGUCAACCCACACGCCAGUCCAUUGGUUGUGUCAACCCACACGCCCGUCCAUUGGUUGUGUCAACCCACACGCCCGUCCAUUGGUUGUGUCAACCCACACGCCCGUCCAUUGGUUGUGUCAACCCACACGCCCGUCCAUUGGUUGUGUCAACCCACACGCCGGUUGUACCAGUUUCCCAGUCUGCCAUGUACAGAUAUUUUGGGGGGGGGGGGGCUGAGCAUGGCCCUGAUAGGUUUUUAUAGUUGUUUUCCUUCUAUAGGACAGAAAAACAUGCAAGGUGAAGGUAAGACCUUUUUAACACUCCCUUUCAGACAGCAGUUGUUAUUAGGAAUGAAUCAUAUGAUCAGUGAGACAAUUCAAUCAGGAAACACAGACAGUCGACUCAAACGUUCCAAAGCUGUUUCAGCCAAUUACACGCACCGCCAUACUGUACGGAGAAGUCCUACUCAAUGCUUGACCACACACAAAAUAAAUGUUUAUGGAUGUCAAAAUCAAAAUCAAAUCAAAAUGUAUUGGUCACGUACACAGAUUUGCAGGUGUUAUAACAGGUGCAGCAAAAUGCUUAUUCACUACAGCCACAAUAACAUCUUCCAAAUAUGUGUAUGUGACCAAUAACAUUUGAUUUGACUAGCUCCAACAGUGCAUUAGAAUGUCAUACAAAUACAAUACAAAUAAUCAAAACAAGAAAUAAAGAAAUGACAGAACGAGAACACACAAUAUCCCAUAAUGACGAAUCAAAAACAGUUUAGACAUUUUUGCAAAUGUAUAAAAAAACAACAACUGAAAUAUCACUUUUAAAUACGUUUUCAGACCCUUUACUCAGUACUUUGUUGAAGCACAUUUGUCAGUGAUUAAAUCCUUGAGUCUUCUUGGGUAUGACACUACAAGCUUGCCACACCUGUAUUUGGGGAGUUUCUCCCAUUCUCUGCAGAUCCUCUCAAGCUCUGUCAGGUUGGAUGGGAAGCGUCACUGCACAGCUAUCUUCAGGUCUCUCCACAGAUGUUCGAUCAGGUUCAAGUCCGGCCACUCAAAGACAUUCAGAGAGACAUUCAGAGACUUGUCACGAAGCCACCUCUUCGUUGUCUUGGCUGUGUGCUUAGGGUCGUUGUCCUGUUAGAAGGUGAACCUUCACCCCAGUCUGAGGUCCUGAGCACUCUGGAGCAGGUUUUCAUCAAGGAUCUCUCUGUACUUUGCUCUGUUCAUCUUUCCCUCGAUCCUGAUUAGUCUCCCAGUCCCUGCCACUGAAGAACCCCCCCCAGCAUGAUGCUGCCACCAUUCUUUACUGUAGGGAUGAUGCCAGGUUUGGCAUUCAGGACAAAGAGUUCAAUCUUUGUUUAGUCAGACCAGAGAAUCUUGUUUCUCAUGGUCUGAGAGUCCUUUAGGUGCCUUUUGGCAAACUCCAAACAGGCUGUCAUGUGCCUUUUACUGAGGAGUGGCUUUCGUCUGGCCACUGUACCAUAAAGGUCUGAUUGGUGGAGUGCUGCAGAGAUGGUUGUCCUUCUGGAAGGUUCUCCCAUCUCCACAGAGGAACUCUGGAGCUCUGUCAGAGCUCCAAUUGAAUUUACCACAGGUGGAAUCCGAACAAGUAGAAACAUCAAGGAUGAUCAAUGGAAACAGGGCUCAAUUUCGAGUCUCAUAGCAAAGGGUCUGAAUACUUAUGUAAAUAAGGUAUUUUUUGUUGUUGUUUUAAUACAUUUGCAAAAAAUGAUAAACAACUUUUUUUUCCCCGCUUUGUCAUUAUGGGGUAUUGUGUGUAGAUUGAUGAGGGAAAUGUUUAUUUAAUCAAUUUUAGGAUAAGGCUGUAACGCAAUAAAAUGUGGAAAAAGUCAAGCGGUCUAAAUAGUUUCCCGAAUGCACUGUACAUGGGGCAUUAGUCUCAAGGUGCAGGGUAGAUUACCGGGCAGGUAGCCGGCUAGUGAUGGCUGUUCAACAGUCUGAUGGCCUGGUGAUAGAAGCUGCUUUUCAGACUCUCGGUACUGUCUCUGUCUGUUAGAUGGUAGCAGAGUGAACAGACUGUGGCUCAGGUGGCUGAAGUCCUUGAUGAUCUCUUUGGCCUUCCUUUGAUACUGAGUGUUGUAAAUGUCCUGGAGUGCAGACAGCGUGGCUCUGGUUAUGCGUUGGGCUGACUGCAUCAACCUCUGGAGAGCCAUGGAGUUGAGGGCGGUGCAGGUGUCAUACCAGGCGGUUAUGCACCGCGACAGAAUGCUCUCAAUGGUGUAUCUGUAGAAGUGCUGAUUUUCUUCAGCCGCCUGAGAUUGAAGAGGCGCGGUUGCGCCUUCUUCACUAUGGUGUCGGUGUGGUGGGACCAUUUCAGGUCCUCGGUGAUGUGCAUGCCAAAAAAACGUUUGACCCUCUCAAAGCUUUUGACCCUCUCAAAUGCAGCCCCGUCGAUGUGGAUGGAGGUGUGCUCCCUCUUCUGUCUCUUAUAGUCCACGAUCAGCGCCUUUGUUUUUUUUACAUUGAGGGAGAGGUUAUUCUCUUGGAGGGCACUAUGGUGUUGAAAGCAGAGCUAAACAACAUUCUCACAUAGGUAUUCCUCUUGUUCACGUGGGAUAGGGCGGUGUGCAGUGCAACGGCGAUCGCAUCAUCGGUGGAUCUUUUUAGGGUGGUAUGCAAAUUGUAAUUGGUCUCGGGUGUCGGAUAAGGUGGAAGUGAUAUGGUCCUUGACGAGACUCUCAAAAUACUUCAUGAUGACAGAGGUGAGUGCUAUGGGGCGAUAGUCAUUUAGUUCAGUUAUCUUAGCUUGCUUGGGUACAGGAACAAUGGUGGACAUCUUGAAGCAAGUGGGGACAACAGACUUGGAUAGCGAGUGGUUGAAUAUGUCUGUAAACACUCCAGCCAGCUGGUCUGUUAUGCACUGAGGACACAGAUUGGUAUGCUGUCUGGGCUGGCAGCUUGCGAGGGUUAACAUAAAGUUUUAAAAAUAUAUAUCAUAAUAAUGGUGCUGGGUUUAACGCAGAUUAUUAAAACAGUUGAAUGGACUUCAGAUCAGUUACUAUAAAUGAGUUGUUUAACUAUGGAUGGCACUUAAAAGUUGUAUGUAGACAACACCGGACUCACAAAAAAGAAAUGCACUUACGAUGUCUUAAGUAUUGGAAUUGUGCUUUAGUAAAAUUACCUAUUCUUUACGUGUAUUCCACUCUGGCGAUGCCUUUUUUUAAAAUUGUUGUUCUGUUGUGAUUUCACAAAGACCAGUGUUUUAACAUGUGGAUUGAUUGACAUGCCUGCUCUAUUUUAUAUAUAUCUAUAGGCUGUAUUUCUUGAUACUUGCUUUUCUACACUUGCUUUUCUACAAAUCUAAAAGACAGGUAAACGAGGAUUUGUUCACAUCUGAAACCACUCUAUUUACAAAAACAGUCAAUGAUUUUUGUUCCUGGACCAAAGUGCUGUUGGACAGUUAGCAUUUAGCCGUCGGAGUUAGCUUGUUGAGCUAGUUGACUUUCCAUGUAGAACAAUUGGACACAGGUUGAGAGAAAUAAAAGCCGAAAAGUCUUAUGGGAACAUUAUGCCAGUCGUGGACUGGUAGGGCCUCUGAGCAUAACUUCAAAGAUUCUUGUGAAUUCCUGAUAGUAAUUGUAUCUAAACAGAGAUUUUGCAGCUAAAUAUCACCAAAGAAGGAUUAAAAACUGCUUACAUUUCUUGUUGGCCCUUUCCAUGAGAUAAUGAUGUAAUAGAUUUCUAUGUUGCCCUUUUAAUUCCUUUGCAGUGCUGUGCUUAUGUAUUGUGUUUUAUGAAAAUCUGAUGGUGCUACAGGUUAAUUUCAACUAUCAUGUUAUAGUUUAUAAUGGUGCUGUAUAAUAUACAUUAUACAACCAAGACCGUACACUCUUAGAAAAAGGGUUCCAAAAGGGUUAUUCGGUUGUCCCCAUAGGAUCACUUUUUUUGAUUCCAGACAGAACCCGUUUUGGUUCCAGGUAGAACCCGUUUGGGUUCAAUGUAGGACCCUCUGUCGAAAUGGUUCUACAUGGAACCCAAAAAGGUUCUACCUGAAACCAAAAAGGUUUCUUCAAAGACUUCUCCUAUGGAGACAGCCUUUUUAGGUUCUAGAUAGGACCUUUUUUUAAAGAGUGUACUUGACAAGACCCUGCAAUAUAUGUAUGAUAUUAAUGACAUAGACAAUAUGAAAAUGACAUCAUUGAGAAUGAAAUAAUACAUUUACCUAUGAUCAAGUAGAACAAAAUGGCCACCACAAAUACAUUCUUGAUAUCUUUUUCAGAAAGGUCCUAUUUCAUAUUUUAUUGUGGUUUAUUUCCGGUUUAAUUAAAUUCUUCUGAGAAUAUUUGUGUUCUGUAAAUGUAAUUCUAUUUUUUGAGAAUCAACAAUCCCUUUAAUUGUCUUAAUAUGAAUUAUUGCUCUUCCUCUGAGUGGUUGGUUAUUGAUGUUGUCGAUAGCUACUGAGACCAAAAUACAGACAUCCUGUGCUUUGAAUUAUACUGACAAACCUAUAGAAAGGACGCUUUAUUGAACUGAAUCUUAUUUUAUAAAACAAGCCAAGUAGAGAUUAGAUAGGGAUUUUCUUCUCACUGUUUGUCUUUAUUGGUUUGUACUUGUACAGUAAAAAAUAAUGUUGUGUUUUGUUGUUUUUUUUUCAUAUUUUUUUCUAUAAACUGUUUUCCUCAAUAAAAGGGUAAUUCAA